UAUAGGCUUGAAUUACCACCACAUUUUCAACUUAAAGGUGAUCCGAUUAUUAAGCUAAUUAAUUUAGCCUCUAAAACCAAUGAAAGACCUCACUAAUUUGGUAAGAAGAACAUCUAUAUAAAUCUCAUACAUAUGUUCAUGUCCAAAAUCUUCUAAGUCCUUAGCCAAACUUUGAGGUUCUUUUGCUUGCUAGUUGCUACUAACGUUCAAAACAUGGCUGCCGAGGAUACACCCCAAGAUGUUGCUGAUAGGGAGAGAAUCUUCAAGCGUUUCGACACCAAUGGUGAUGGCAAAAUCUCAUCCACCGAGCUUGGUGAUGCACUCAAAACUCUCGGCUCCGUUACCUCUGAGGAAAUUUGCAGGAUGAUGGCAGAGAUUGACACAGAUGGUGAUGGUUUUAUUUCAUUUGAUGAGUUCACUGCAUUUGCUCAGGCUAACCGUGGAUUGAUUAAAGAUGUUGCCAAGAUCUUUUAGUUGAUUAGUUUCUGAAUUAAUUGAGCCUCUUAUACUCAUUACAUCAGUUUUUUUUCAUUUUCUAAAACAUGGUAUGGUAUCUUUGGUUGUUCUUUGUAGGAAAUAUGCUUCUUUUUUGGUAGAAAUAUGCAUGAAUGAAUGUCUUUUAAGUAGUUGCUGUAUGAU